AGUGUUUUUAUAAUUAAAAUUGUUAUUAAUUUUUGAAGGUAAUAAUAGCAUUUGAAACCGGUUUUGUUCCGCCAAAUAUCAAUUACACAUCGCCAAGGAAUGACGUAAAUGCUUUGAUAAACGGAACUGUUCGUGUCGUCGACAAACCGUUGCCACUUAAAAAUGGUUACAUAGGUAUCAGUUCUUUUGGUUUUGGGGGGGCAAACGCUCAUGUGCUAUUAAAGUGGAAUCCGAAACAGAAAGUUAAUAAUAGCGCGCCAAAUGAUGAUUUAUCAAGACUUGUAAUAUUAUCUGGACGCACUAAGGAAUCAGUAAAAUUGUUUUUAAAUGACAUUGCUAAUCAUCAAAUAGAUGUAGAAUAUAUUCGUUUACUACACGAUGUUUACUCAGACAAUAUAGAUGGUCAUCCAUGGAGAGGGUAUAUUAUACUAAAUACUUUACAACAAGAAUCAAUAAAAGAAAUUCAAAGUUGUAAAAAUGUAAAAAGACCUGUUUGCUUUAUAUUUUCAGCCUUAGGGUCGCAAUGGCCAGGAAUGGGUCGAUAUUUAUUAAAAUUUCAAGUCUUUGCAAAUGCAAUAAGAAUGUGCGAUGAUGUUUUAAAACCAUAUAAUAUAAGUGUCACGGACAUUUUGACAAAUGCAGAAGAAAAUGUGUGCGAAAACUCGUUAUACAUGUUUCUCGGAAUUGUCGCUGUUCAGAUCGGUUUAGUAGAUAUCUUAACAUCCUUAAAAAUUACUCCGGAUUACAUGAUUAGUCAUUCUGCUGGUGAACUGGGUUGCGCGUAUGCGGAUAAAUGUCUCACCACUGAGCAAACUAUUUUAUCAGCAUACUUUAUUGGUUUGGCGUGUGCCGAAGCAAAAUUAAUUCGUAGCUCUAUGGCAAUUGUCAGUAUUAAUUACGAGAACCUUAAAAAUAUAUGUCCAGCGGAUAUUGAAAUAAUAUGCCGCAAUAGUGAGAACAAUAGCGUUGUUACUGGUCCCGUAAAAUCCAUGCAAGAAUUUAUGAAAAAAUUACAGGUUAAUAAUAUUUAUGUAAAAGAGAUCCACUGUAACGUGCCAUAUCACAGUUCUUACCUCGCAUCCGUGAAAUCUCAGCUCUUGUCCAAUUUGAACAAAAUAAUACCACAUCCGAAAAAACAAAGUCCAAAAUGGAUCAGCACUUCCAUACCUUGUGCCGAAUGGCAUACUUCAGCAACAAAAUUAUCAUCGGCGGAUUAUCAUACACAUAGUAUACUAAACACUGUUCUCUUUGAACAAGCAAGAUAUUUAAUUCCAUGUAACGCUGUGACCAUCGAGAUCGCACCAUACGGCGUUCUGCAGCAAAUUUUGGAAGAAUCUUUACAUCCAGAGGUUACGAACAUUUUAUUGACUCGACGCACUGAACAAUACAAUAAUAUAAUUUUUCAAGGAAUUGGGAGGCUUUACAACUGUGGUUUACAGCCGCAAGUUGCCAAUUUAUAUCCGCCAGUGACAUUGCCAGUUAGCCGAGGAACUCCGAUGAUCUCCUCAUCGAUCAGGUACAAUAUACAUGUUAUCUACUUCUUUAAUUUGAAGAAAUCUGCAGCUGAGGCGCAUCGAUUGCUUGUAGAAGCAUAUGGUGAGGCUGCCUUAAGUGAUAGAAAUUGCCGUGAGUGGUUUCAAAAGUUUAAGAACGGUGAAUUUGACGUUGAAGGCAAAGAAGCGGAAGGCCGAAAGUCUUAUGAUCACAAGUUAAAAUCUCAGUUGUCAAAACUGAUGACCGAUGGUCUUAAUAAUAAAACUAUUAAGCCACUUCAAGCGAAAAUUUUUCCGAAAACCGAUAUCGAAAAAGCUUUUAGAUAUAUGGCAAGUGGGAAACAUAUGGGAAAGGAAAAGGAUAAACCUUUAGACAAUGACAUUCUCGCGUGUCCUCGCUAUUAUUGUCUCAAAGAUAGAAGUUACAUUAUACUAGGUGGACUGGGUGGAUUUGGCUUGGAGUUAACCGACUGGUUAAUAUUUCGAGGCGCUAGGAACGUCGUGCUGGUUUCACGAACUGGAGUGAAAAAUGGUUACCAGCGCAUGAAAGUUCGACUGUGGAAAUCGUACGGUGUAAAUGUGCUAAUUGUCAAGGACAUUGAUGUCGCUAAUACUCAGGAUUGCGAAUAUCUUUUGCGAACUGCGGAACGAGAGGGACCAGUGGACGCGAUUUUCAAUCUCGGUGUAGUAUUGAAGGACAGUUCUGUUGAUGCAAAUCUUCAAAUUGAUGUUUUUACUAUUAUGGAUAUUUGUUUGACCAGAAGUAGUGAAGAGGAUGUUUAA